AUGGCUAAUAAGUUUCCGUUGGGAGCUAAUCACCGGAUACAGAUGACGAAUCACCAUCUACCACAACCACCUACCGUCAUCACCACCCGCCACCAACCUCCGCCGACCACCACCACCGUCCUCCGCCGUCACCGCCGCCCGCCGCCCGCCGCCACCGCCAUCGACUACCAUCGCUGCCACCCGCUAUCGCAAACCACCGCCACCCUCCACCGACCAUCGACCACCAUCGCCGCCACCCGCAACCACCGACAACCGCCACCCCAACCACGACCGCCACCCUCCGCCGACCACCACCACCAUCCUUCGUGGCCACCACCCGCUACCGUCAACCACCACCACCCACCGUCGUCGCCACCACCAUCGCCGCCACCUGCCACCGCAGACCACCGCCAACCCCUACCAUCACCGCCGCCACCGCUAACAAUCGUCACCCACCGACCACCGCCACCCACCACUGCUACCACCGACCACCGCCACCCAUCGCUGCCACCGCCACUAGACGCCACCGAUCACCGCCACCACCCAUCACCGAUUUAA